AUGGACGGGACGACAGUGGGCGCCUUGGAGGACCUCUGUCCUGAGCUUUGCACUCGAAGCUGCCGUCACCACCAGCCCUUCCAUCCCCUUGACCCUUCCUCGCUCCCCCCACCUCUAGGCCUCGGACCCCCGCAUGUGUUAGUGCCCCUGGUUUCGGUUCCUACUGUGUUGCCAGGCAGGUGUGGGGUACACGGCUUUGCCCUGACUUGUGUUACUGCACCUACCCUCGCUUUCCUGAACGCCCUCUGCUUGGCUGUAAAUGGCUGCGUUCGUCCUGCCUUACGGGGAGGAAGGGCGUGUUUGGGGCUGAGCUGGCCUGGGGGCCAGCCGGCACACGAGGGCAUAGCCCGCCCGUCCUGUGAGGGUGAGAGUGGACACCUUGUCCUCUCGCUAGCCGGUUUCCAUUCCUGUCACUAUUCCCCCACGUUUGGAGGACGGAUCUUUAGAGGUUUAAGAGCUCACUGUCUCCUGACCAAACCCUUUCUCCCCCCUCAGUGGGUGGCCAGCAUCGACGUGGUGGAGAAUGAAGAGGCCAGCGCGAGCGUGGUCGUUAAAAUGACGGACUCGUUUACCGAGCAGGCUGACCAGGUGACCGCCGAGGUGGGCAAGCUGCUGGGUGAGGACAAGGUGGAUGCCAUCCUUUGUGUGGCCGGAGGAUGGGCCGGGGGCAACGCCAAGUCCAAAUCGCUCUUCAAGAACUGUGACCUGAUGUGGAAGCAGAGUAUAUGGACAUCCACCAUCUCCAGCCACCUGGCCACCAAGCACCUCAAAGACGGAGGCCUCCUGACCUUGGCUGGGGCCAAGGCAGCCCUGGACGGGACGCCCGGCAUGAUCGGCUACGGCAUGGCCAAGGGCGCCGUCCACCAGCUCUGCCAGAGCCUCGCCGGGAAGAACAGCGGCAUGCCGGCCGGGGCCGCCGCCGUGGCUGUGCUCCCAGUUACCCUGGACACCCCCAUGAACAGGAAGUCCAUGCCCGAGGCGGACUUCAGCUCCUGGACGCCCCUGGAGUUCCUGGUGGAAACUUUCCACGACUGGAUCACCCAGAAAAACCGACCCAGCUCGGGAAGCCUCAUCCAGGUGGUCACCACGGAGGGGAAGACCGAGCUUACCCCGGCAUACUUUUAAAGCCUCAUCUCUGCUUUUGAGGGACCUGCCAGAAAGUCGUUCACUCGCGUCAUCAUGGCUGCGUCCGGCUGUGUUCUCUGUCACCCUGUCUCUCUCGCACCUGGUGUGCAUUUGCUUCCCUAGGACUGUGAAAUGUUUAUGUAAAGUUAGAAAAAUGUGAGAGUGCAGGCGUUCAGGCCACCCCGUGAAUCUCUGUGGGCCCCACGCUCAGGGGUCCCUGAGCUCACCCCGUCACACCCACACCUUGUUGAAUUGCUUUCGAGACUUUGUCCCUGAUGGUGGCUGCUGUCUGGGGCCUGCUCAGAGAUUUCUUGCUGUCGUGACGGUUGGGGCCUGCGUUCUUUUUGAAUGUUAUGUUUCUGUCACUGCUGUAGUCUUACAGCCUCAGAUUCAACUGCCUUAAAACUCCUGUUGUGGUGUAAGCAAUCCCUGGGCUGUGUUACAUCCCCUCCCCCUGUGCAGUGGCCAAGUGUCCAAGAACUACUUGUGAUUAUUUGGAAUUUUUCUUCCUAAUAAACGCACUUCAUGUA